CUGGACGACGACUACAGGAGGCAUGUUCAAACUCUCCUCAGGACACAUAAUGCAGGAUUUACAGCUUCUACAUGUGUUCAGCUGCGCUCUGAAGAGGCGUGAGGCUGAAUGAAUGGAUCUCUCAGACCUAAACUCCUCUCCUAUUGGUAAUUGAGGAUUUGAGUCCUCAGAUGCAGCCUAAUUCUGAAGCAUUACUCUCGACACGUGAGAUGUGCUCAAAUAGCUGUGUGUGUCACUGUGUCCUCCAGCAGUGGGUCAGUCACUGGUCUGGACAUCAUGAGGAGCGCUGGUCUGAUCCUGAUCCUCGUCCUCCAUCUGGGCUUCAGCCACGGCCUGCUCAGGGUGGCGUUGCGUCAGUACCCAUCAGUGCGCAGUCGUCUGAGAGCCUCCGCUCAGCUGGAGGAGUUCCUGCAGCAGCACCAGCCGGACAUGUUCUCCCGCCGCUAUGUGCAGUGUUUCCCCCCCGCUCAACACUACCUGCGCCUGGGUGGAAGAAUCACCGAGAGACUCUACAACUUCAUGGACGCUCAGUUCUUCGGUCAGAUCAGUCUGGGCAGACCGGAGCAGAACUUCACCGUGGUGUUUGACACCGGCUCCUCUGACCUGUGGGUGCCCUCGUCCUACUGCGUCAGCCAGGCCUGCGCUCUGCACAACAAGUUCAAGGCCUUCGAGUCGAGCACAUACACACACGACGGACGCGUCUUUGGCAUCCAUUACGGCUCCGGACACCUGCUGGGAGUGAUGGCCAGAGAUGAACUCAAGGUGGGCUCGGUGCGUGUGCAGAAUCAGGUGUUUGGCGAGGCGGUGUACGAGCCGGGUUUCUCCUUCGUCUUGGCUCAGUUUGACGGUGUUCUGGGUCUGGGUUUCCCUCAGCUGGCGGAGGAGAAGGGUUCCCCUGUGUUCGACAGCAUGAUGGAGCAGAACAUGCUGGACCAGCCCGUCUUCUCCUUCUACCUCACGAAUAACGGCUCAGGGUUUGGAGGAGAGCUGCUGUUUGGAGGAGUGGACGAGUCUCGCUUCAUCCCCCCCAUUAACUGGAUUCCAGUCACACAGAAGGGCUACUGGCAGAUCAAGCUGGACGCUGUGAAGGUUCAGGGGGCUCUGAGUUUCUGCUACCGCAGUGUUCAGGGUUGUCAGGCUAUCGUGGACACAGGAACGUCUCUGAUCGGCGGUCCGGCAUCAGACAUCCUGAUCCUGCAGCAGUUUAUAGGAGCAACACCCACUGCCAACGGAGAGUUUGUGGUGGACUGUGUGCGGGUCAGCAGUCUCCCUGUGGUGUCCUUCCUGAUCAACAGUGUGGAGUAUUCCCUCAGUGGAGAGCAGUACAUCAGGAGGGAGACGCUGAACAAUAAGCAGAUCUGCUUCAGUGGUUUCCAGUCUAUAGACGUGCCGUCUCCUGCGGGCCCUGUGUGGAUCCUGGGGGACGUCUUCCUCUCGCAGGUCUACAGUAUCUACGACAGGGGCCAGAACCGUGUGGGGCUGGCGCGGCUCUCCGGAGCCCCUGUGGAGAGCGACACUCAUAUAUGACACACACGGCCUUCUGAUUCAGUGGCUAAUCCCUGCAGUGUCAUGCAAAUUAGCAUGAUUCACUCAUCCACCAAUGACUGCUGGGGUUAGGGGAGGGGUUUGGGGGCCACGCCUCCUCAAAAAAGAAAUCAUACUCCUGCAACACCACUGUAGUUCUGUUUCCUCUAUUAAAUCAUCCCUAUAUAUCAUCAUUAC